AUGCCCUACCACAGAGUCCUUCGCCUGGUCCUGCUAAUGCUGUGCGGCAUCCUGGUCCCUGCUGUGCUGACAGCAGAGUAUCCGCAGGGCCCGGUCCCCACCCUCUGGAACGAGCCACCCGAGCUGCCCUCUGGAGCUGGCCCCUUCGACGCUGCCACCACCACAGCCCGGCUCUCAGAUGCUACCGCCUUCCCCCCAUACACCUCCGAGCUGGAGCCCGAGGACACCACCCACCUGCACCGGCUGGACGCCGGGAACGGCUCACUGGGGCCCGGAGCUAUCGGUGCCAUUGUCAUCGCCUCCCUCCUGGGUACAUCUGUGCUUGUGGCCUUGGUCGUCAUCACGCUGAGAAAGUUCUCGGCCUCCUGA